AUGGAGGAACAAUCUGAUCUUCAGAUGCAUCUGGGAGAAGGGCAUCAGCAACCCAAGUCCGAGCAGCCAGAAACUUCAAUUCCUGUCUCGACAACACCGCUCGGAGCCAGCAGCGAUUUUUACAAUACUCCAUUGACUGGCCAGACGCCUGUUUACCCUGCAGAAAAUACCACUACGACAUCGAAUGUCUAUAUGAAUGAGCCUGACGCUCUCACUUUGGCGCCAGUUAUUCCUGGUUUAUCAGUCAAGAAUGAAGGUGACAAGCUCGCAAUCCCCACGGAGGGACCAAAUACGGAUAAUCAUCAAGCCAACGGUGAUGCCGGGAAUUCUGUCAACGACCUUGCUCAGCAAGCUGCCAGCGCGCAAACGGUUGAAGGCGCACUAGCAGACGCUAUGGAGACCGACCAAACAGCAGCGGACCAGCUCAUGACUACCGAAGAAGAACAUCCUGAAUGGGAGGUUGAUUCCUCACCGUACGAAUCUUCUUCCGACAGCUCUACAGACUCCUCCGAUAGCGAUGAUAGCGACGAAGACGAAGAGGAUUAUCCCAUCUUAUCGGCAGAGGAAACGGCCCGGAUACUUAUGCAGGCAGAAGGCGGCUCGGACGAUGAAGGUGACAAUAAGGCAGGUGGAGGGUCUCAUUUGCGAACGGCAAAUGAACAAAUUGAGGACGCGCCUCCAAUUCCUGACAUCAAAGUCACUGAAGAUAUGAAGAUUGUCCCGCUCGGCUACCUCGAAAGCAUGGUUGAGAAUCUUAUUCUCAUCAAAGCCACCGUGUCUGGAGAUUAUCAAGUCCUUGAAAGCAAUUCACUCUUAUGUCUCGAGGAUAGAACUGUUAUCGGUGUGGUGGCGGAUACACUAGGAAGGGUGGAGGAACCUCUUUACACAGUCCGGUAUCAAGACCCGGCGAAGAUUCAGGACUUAGGCCUUGAAAAAGGAAAGCACAUCUUUUACGUGGAAAGCCACUCUGAAUUCGUCUUUACACAGCCACUCAAGGGACUCAAGGGUAGCGAUGCCUCCAACUUUCACGACGAAGAAGUUGCCGAAGACGAGAUCGAGUUCUCUGACGACGAAGCAGAAGCUGAAUACAAACGAAGACUGAAGCAAAAGAAGAAGGAGAAGAAGGACAAUCGGGGUGAUGGUGGGAAGCCGAAAAAUGCUCCAGGACCUUCGCCGCUUGGUCGUGGUGAACUGAAUUAUGAUGAUGAUGGAGGAGACAGAGCAGCUGAGGAUGGUUAUACUCCUCUGGCCCGUCCCAAAAAUUACCAUGAGAUGAUGAAUCACCCCGAAGCCCAUACGGAGGCAUCGGUAUCCUUCCAGAACAACCGAGGCAAUUUCCGCGGCAGAGGACGAGGACGAGGAGGCUUCGACAGAGGCUCCGGACGUGGUCGAGGCAACGACAGACGCGGAAGAGGCAAUUACCACAAUAAUCUUUCUCAGGAUAAUAGUCAUCGAUCAGACUAUUCGCGUGAGAAUCCUGCUCAAUCCCAAUACCAAAAUUAUAAUGCACCUUCGGCCGCUAUCCCAGCUCAACAAUACGCUCAAUACCCGUCUUUCCCGCAACAACAUCACCAACAGUCUCAACAACAGCCUCAAUUUCCACAAUUUGGACAAGCACAAACAGCAGGAAUGCCGCAAUUCCCGUUCCAGAUGCCAUAUCAGCAGAAUCAUUAUCAGCAAAACACAUACCAGCCAAACCCCUACCAAAACGUACCGGCUGGAGCACAUAUCAACCCGGCAUUCUUCGCUGCGCUGCAACAACAACUACAACAGCAACAGCAACAGCAACAGCAGCCUGCCGGGCCUCCUCAAAAUCAGCCGGCUGCAAACAAUCAAGCAACGUUCAAUCAAGUACAGGAUAUCUUACGGCAGUUAAGUGGUGGUGGGAAUGUUGGCAACCCACCAAGAUAG